UCUAGUUUUGAUCUUUCUGUAUAUGUCUGCUCAUCGAUAGAUUAGCAGUCCUGCUGAUUAUAAUAAUCAUUUAAAAACCUUCAUGAUAACGAGUAUCAGUUGACUAGUGGACAAAGCUCCACAAAUGCUCAUUCGCACUAGUCUGUCUUUUAUCUUCCUCAACGUAAAAUUUCCAUCGUAAACUACAGAGAACUCAUAUGACUUUAAGAUUCACGUAUCUAUCGCAGUCGUUACUGUCAUUAAUAUUGUUUGUAAUCGGUUGUAGUGAUGGGCUUUUAAUAUUGAUAAAUGCUCAUAUUCUGUUACUAAAGUACUAGUAUUGUUCUUAAUAAAUUAGUCUUGUUUUUCAUAGGCUAUACGCCACCACAUCGUAAUCAGGUAUCAGCACAAAUUAAAAAAUUGUACCAUUACCACUACAAAUUACUAAAGCAAGAGCUUGAAGAAGUUGAACAGUUAGCGUUAACAUUUGACUUUUGGUCUGAUCGUCAAGCCAAUUCGUUUCUUUGUGCUACAGGUAAUUAUGGAUAG